GGAUGCACGACGUUUGGCCGUUUGGGCCUGGCGGCGUACCGAUUUGGCAGACCGAAUCAGUUUCUUGGCCCCGAUCGUCAGUCGGUUAAUAGGGCUGGGACGCACGGUCACGGCUCGCCGCAGUGCAAUCAUAGUGUGUGUGUGUGUGUCUGUGUGUGAGGAAUUGUGACCGGUCGGGAAAAUGAUUGGUGCACGUGGUUGCAUGGCAAACGAUUUGAUUGCGUGCGUUGUGCUUCCUGCGCUUGUCGCGCUACUGCUGGCAGCGAAGCCGGGCGCCUGCACCUAUCGCUACAAUUACGAAGAUUAUGACACGAUGAUGGGUACGUGCCGGGAGAACGAGGUGUGCAACAUCGUGCACCACCGGCACUGGAUGCCGAGCACGGUGGACAAGGUGUGCCGGUGCCCGCUCAACACGCCCAGCUGCCCGGUGGUGCAUACGCGCCACGGCAACGUGAUGAACGUGAACAGCCGGACGCAGAUGAAGUUCUGCGCACCGCUGCGCAAUCUGCGCCCGUGCCGCGACGGCGAGAUUGCGCUGCGCCGCAAAACGCUCUACCAGUCGUACGGCGUGAAGAACGUGUCGAUCGUGGUCGACUGUCUGUGCGACCAUCGGCAGAGCUACUGGACGUUUCACAACCGCUCCGGGGAGGAUUUUAACGACGCGCACCAUCUGUUUACGGUGGUGCAGAAUUACAAGUGCGUCGCAAUGAAACGCUGUGCACCGCACGAGUUCUGUGGCUAUGGGCGGCGUGACUAUGGCUUUAUCUAUCAUCGCUGCACCUGUCCCGUGUCGCACCAGUGCAAGUUCGAUCUGGACGAGUACGACGAUGACGUCAGCGAGCUGUUCUACCAAGGCCCGGCCUAUCUAGCCCGCUGCGUCCCCAUCUACGACUACGACUGGUGGUGAUGCACCAUCCCACUGAACACGCACACUUAACACUAACCUGGAUGGAUUGGGAGGCGACCGAUUUGGCGACCGUGCGUGCUCGCUCUUCAAACCGCUCCGCUGGGACCGUUUCCGUCACGAGCCCGUAAUCCAGUGCAGCUGCUGCCGUUAACCGUUUGCCUUGCAGAAACAGAUCCGUCGUCUGUGAUGAGGGAGGAAAGAGUGCAUGGCACAACGAAAUAAAAUCUGAUAAGCACCAUAGGAGUGAGCGCAUUUUUGU